UGUAACAGUAAGUUGUAACUAAUUUCGCUAUCUGACUAGUCAUACUAGGUACUUUUAUUUUAGAAUUAAUAAUUUUGCAAUUUUUUCAUUCUUCGUAAAUUAAAUGUAAUUAUAAUGUAUGAGCUGGAAUCUUGAGUCAAUGGGUCUUGGGUCUUGUGGACGCUUCUGACAGCGAGCAUUCUAUCCUGUGUUUCUGUCGUAAUUCCCAGGAGUAACUGAUACUGGUUGGCAAUAAAUUCGUUCUAUGAUUUGCGUAUCCAUGUUUUUCUCCCACGGAGAAACGAACCUGUAACCUCGGAUGAUGGAUGUGUCAGCGUACCACUGAUGACAUGACAGGAGUUACGGACUCAAACAAAAUCACUGCAGUGCGAGAAUGCGAUCGUCCAAGAGCCCACGAUUGUUUUUGCUGCUUUGCUUCGGCAACGGAAUGUGGUGCAGUUAUUUCCUUCUUCCGUUAGUUUUCUUGAAGUUCGGGAAUUUUGCAAAUGCCGUUCAAUUGAAAUCCUUUCCUGAUACCAAUUUGUACGAUUUCGAAUGGAUUGAGCAUGAUGCUCAACAGAUACGGGUGAUCAGCAUUUUUUUCGCUCUCCAGAAGCGAACGCCAGAGGAGAUAGCGAGAUUUCAUGGUCCACUUGCUAUGCGUUCAUCCAACAACGAAUCCUACAACUGCUACAUUCCGAAUUUCGUGGAAGCUGUAGGACAAACUGAAAAGAACGACGAUGCCACAAUUCCAUCCUUAACACCGGAAAAAGUUUUGCAGGCUCUGAUUGAUAGAAAAGUGUGCAUGUUGAAGAUAGAAGGAUACUGGAUUUACGAACUGUGUCAUGGAAGACAUCUGCGACAGUUUCACCAAGAACUGAUAAAACCGAAAAUAUUAGCUGUAACCAAAGAAUACAUGCUGGGACUUGCUCAAACAGAUGCGAGCACUAGCGGGGGUUCUAAAGAGAGUGGUGUGGACAUUGCAACGGGCAAGUUUCCAUUACUUACUUGGGACGGGAAGGAUCUGCCGUACUUCCAAGCUGUCUAUGAUCAGGGAACGCCAUGUGAUCUGCGGAAUAAUGAACCAAGAACAUCAAACAUUCGAUUCGUAUGUUUCGAAGAUGCGCCAGAUUCCAUUUUGCAAAUUAAGGAAACAGCGACAUGCGAAUACGAAGUUGUUGUAUCCGUCAGAUCGCUGUGCAUCGUUCAAGGAUUUGCACCCAAAAAGACGGUUCUUCAUAAAAUUCAGUGCUAUGCCAACUCACCUUCGUAUAUUACACCCGCCGGAAUCAAAAAGAUGCACGAUGAAAUUUUCUUAUCAAGGGGACAUCUUUCUACAGUAGAAAGACGGAAAACGACCACUGAUUCAGAUGACUUGGAUGAUGGUGACAUCGAAGAGGAAGAAGAGCCAGACACUGCUCCUGAAAAUACCAAGCUGCCGCUUCCGCAAACUCCGUGGGAGCAUGCUGCACCGAGUCCCAGUCCCAGUAGGAGAGUGGCACAAUAUUCACCGGACGAACAAGACAUCCUCAACACUCUUUCGGACUUCAUUGAUGGUGCAUUUUGUGUACACGGGGGCUCUGGAUAUUGGAAGCAUAGUUACUGUUUCGGAAAAACGGUGAUUCAAUAUCAUGAGGAAAGUGACGGAACUAUGAAGAAUGAAAACGUGAUAACUUUGGGUGUUUGGGAUGAAGCUACCCAUCUAGAAUGGAUUGAACAUAAUCCACAGAAGAAGCCCUCGUCGAAAACUACUAUAAAGAGCUUCUCAAGCUUUUAUCACGAUGGAGACAUUUGUGAUCUCACUGGACUUCCUAGAAAUGCGGAAGUCAAGCUCAAAUGUGUUAAUCCUUCCGAUCAUACGUCUUCCUCGGUGGCUUUGUACCUACUGGAGCCGAAACCGUGUUCCUAUAUCCUAGGGGUGGAAUCACGGAUGUUUUGCUAUCUCAUGCCAUAUGUGAACUCUGAGGGAGUUGUGGACGUCAAGGCAUUUAAAAGAGACGUUCAACAGAACUAUAAAGAGCUAAAUUGAACGCUUUUGCAUCUGGCUUGACGUUUUUUUUCCGUACAACAUUGGAAAGCCCGCUGUAAAAUUUUCGACUAAACCACUUGUGAUUGCUCCAAAUUCUGAGUUUUGUAAAGUUAGUUAGAUACUUAGUUACUUCUAUGGUCAAUAUCGCUGUCCGCCUGAUGCGAUUAAGAUGCGACAGUAAACUUUAGAUGUUUAAGAGUUGUGGUUUCAACGUGUCGCUGAUGUCUCAUUCAAGCCGGCCGGUGUGAAAAUUUCGUGUACCGUAUUCCCAUCUUGCUGGAUCAUGGUUCGUUUGAUGCAUUUGAUUUCGCUUCGAUCUUUAUGUGUACCGCGGCAGUAAUUUGCACUAAAGUCGCAGUGUUUAAAAAAUUGGUU